UUAUUUAACAAAUUAUAUUAUUUAAAUACAUCCUAAUUUUGCCUCACAUAAUAUUGUAUUAAAAUUUUAUUUUUUUAACAAUAUGUGCUAUUUAUACAGAGAGAUCUGGUAUCCUAUAUAAAAAUAAAAAAAUUCAUGAAUAUAUUAAAUAUAUAUAAGACAUCAUAUGCUGAAGAAACCAGUUUGAUACGCCAUUACUCCACGACUAUAAGGAAGGACGAAGAACGACCAUGAUGACUACAAACACGUGAACGCAUUUGAGAAUCAUAUUUGGAGAAUCAUAUAAGAAGAUGAAGCCAUAUGUGAUAUCGAGAGUUUUCAUUUUCGUUGUAGAAUUUAAUUUUUGCGGGAAUAAUGUGAGAUAUCUGGCUUCUGACUCAUGGGCGGGCCCGACUCGUCCGCAAGACGAUUACUCGUGCUCGACAACGGGGGAUGAUAUAUAGACCAGCACGGUUAACGAGAUGCCUCUCUAAGACGCGUGCGCCUUGCGAAUAGUCACGAUCGCGUUUGUGUCGAGAGUGUGUUCGUCGAUGAAUACACGGGCAGAUCGCCGGCUGGCUGGUGCGGCACUCGGGCGUGGUUUUUCACGUCGUCGCGGUGUGUCUGUGUGUGCUGCUACCCGGCCUGGAGACAAAAGGAAUCCCUUUGUAUCUUUUGGAGUCCCGAUCAACGGGGACCAGCCAGCUAGCGACUAUUGGCAGGAUUAAAAAUAUGUGCGGUAUCGCACGUCCACGCCGGUUGCCGAUCGUAUAGUCGCCGUGGGAUCCAUUUAAAUUAUUCGUCAGGACUGGCGUAGACGAUCCAACGAGAGAGAUCGCGGUCAUCGCGAAUUAAAUGACACGUUGCGUCACGGUGACAUCCUCGUGCAAAGGACAUCACAACGAAACCCUGGUGAUACCGUCGAUGGAAAUCGCAUUAUGAUGCUCAUGGGAUUAGGAUCUUAACGAAAAUGUCUUUGACAGCCAGCAAAAUUUUUCUCCAGAGACAUAAAAUGAAAUAUUAGACCUUUUGAGCACAGGGAUCGAUGCCAUGCAGGUCCGCCUAGAUGGGAAACUGGCGUUGCUGUAUACUCUAUUAAUCUUGCAGGUUUUAAUUGUUAUGAUCUAUGUCGCCACAACCCCGCCGGCUGAAUUAACUAUAUCAACGACUCGUGCAUCUGUCAGUUUUGUCAAAUUUGAGGCAUCGCAGGAACUACAAAUAAAUCAAGGCAAUCGUAAAAAAUCACCAAUUUAUCAGACAAUCAAUGGAGAGAUAGUACUGAAAGAUGUCAAAACUUUUAGGCUGUUUGAAAUAUAUAAUCACACUGUAUGCUGGAAAUUUGGAGUAGACGAGCAUAAGAUGAGAAGCAAUGAAUAUCUGGAAAGAUGUAUUUGCAAUCAAGGAUGGCAUGGCUGGGAUUGCGGACAGCCUGAAGUCGUAUGGAGAGCGAUCAUGGCGUCGAAGCAGAACAUUAGUUUGAAACGUCGUAAAACUGCUAGACACAUUAUCCACACCUUCUUUCUGAGUGAAUACAAUUCAGGCAUCGCCGAAGUGAUAGUAGAGGAACUCUAUAACGUGGUGGAUCUUUUUGUAAUUUGUGAUUUUAACAAUGCGGAGGAUAAUUUUCGACACAAACUGUCCAAGGGACUAUUACAGCGGCAGCAAAAAAAGAUCUUAUACAUCAACGUAGCAACAAAGUCUCGCAAACCAUUGAGGAUAGUAUCGAAAUACAUCUGGGAUAAAAUCAAGAGUUUAGUACAGAAUUUAAGGGACGAUGACAUCUAUGUAAUGAUGGAACCUGAACAGAUACUGAACUCCAGGGCAUUAAUGUUCCUCAAAGUGUACGAUGGUUGGCCUCAGCCUAUUGGAUUUAGAUUAAGAUGGUCGGUAUACGGCUUCUUUUGGCAGCAUCCGCUCAAAACAACGAUAACGCUCGGCGCGUACACUGUCGGCUUGAUGCGUAACGCCUAUCAAUCUAACUCACUUGUACUGCGACAGCAAUUGGAUGGAGACACCAGCGAGAGAGAUAUUUUAGGAUUAGUCAUAGGAGAUUUAAAUCACUAUGGCGGAUGGUACUGCAAUCUGUGCCAAGCGCCUGCAAAUAUUAUUAUCGGUCUUCGCAAUAAGGUUCGGUCUAAGGAGAUUGAUAUCGAAAAGACUAUAGAUGUGCCGUUCGUUGAGGAUCUAAUAGGAAGCGGACUAUGGUUGGAUGGUAAAACCAGUCUUCUGAGAGCUUCUAAAUCUAGAGAUUCCUACUUUGCGCCUGAAACGAUUCUCAAUAACACAUGGAAGUACGACUGGUUGGUAGAAAAUUUUUAUGCUAAACUAGAUUACUAUUGACAUACUGGUCGCACCCGACUGUGAUAUUAAUUCAUACUCGAUACUCAAUGUACACUAAUGUAAUAUUAUACACUGAAUUUAUAUACAUUAAAAUAUUAUGUUGA